AUGCUAAAAAAUUUUCCAGUAUCACAAUUUAUUUCUGAUAUAUGGGGACAAGAUAUUGAACAAUUGUGGUAUGAAUUUUAUCAAUUAUAUAGUAUUCUACAGCAACCUCAACUUUCUGAUCAAGUCUAUCAGUAUAAAGUUGAUGCAGAAAACUGGGCAGAUGUUAUGCCAUAUAUGUAUGUAUUUGCGAAACAUGUACCUAUAUUUAUGCAGCAAUUAAAGGCAAAAGGUCUCUCUUUACAAAUUUUUUCUAUCUCAGCUAUAAAAAAAAAAAAUCAUAAGCAGAUUCGAUUGUUUUUUGGUGAUACCACUAUGGAAGGAGGAAGCAAAAAAAUGUCUGUUGUUUAUGAUAUGAUGUCUUAUGAAAAUAAACAAUUUUUUUAUUUAAUUAACAAUAUUUCCACAGAAAUUACUAUUCAAAAUAUUCAUAUUUAUAAUAAGGAAAAUUUAUUAAAUUAA